CUCCCUUCUCAAACACACCCUGUUGGAAAGGACUCGCUGAUAGACAGAUUAAAUCCAACAAGCUGUGGGAAAAUAGUGACGUUUGAACCUAGGGAAGUUUUUGAAUGGAAUAGAAAUAUUGACUUGAAUGUACAUUUAUUUUUUCUUCUUUCGGUUUAGUUUGGCAUAGGUAAACCUACUUAAGCGUUUUCUGCAGCUACCUGUGUGGACCUGUCCCCGAGCUGCCGCCCGUGUAGACGGCCCACCCGAAGACUUACACUUUUAUGCCAUACUUUGUUGUUCACUCUCUCAGAAACGGUUUGGGACCGAUAUAACGGGUCAGGAUGUCUGGCAACGAGAGGAUUUCCCGUCUCCUCAAGGAGCUCAUGCAGCGGCCGGGCAACGACCAGUGUGCAGACUGCGGGAUGCCCGAUCCUAGUUGGGGCUCCUGUUCCCUUGGAGUGUUUAUCUGUGUUCAGUGUUCCGGGAUCCACAGGAAUAUUCCCGAAAUCGGAAUGAAGGUCAAAUCCCUCAGCCUCUCCAGGUGGGAAGAUCAGGAAGUCGAGUUCAUGACGGAGAAUGGAAACAAGUUAAUGAAGCACAAGUACGAGGCCACAGUUCCUGUCUACUACUACAGACCCACUCACAAAGAUUGCCAGGUCUUGAGGGAGCAGUGGAUCCGGGCAAAAUACGAGAGAAAAGAGUUUACAGAAGAAAUGAGGAAAUGGACCUACGAGGAGGGAACGAGAGACGGGAUGUUGAUGAAAAGGGGGCGGGACAACGGACAGUUCCUGAGCAGACGAUUUGUCCUCUCCGAGAACGAGGGGACACUCAAGUACUACAUCAAGUUUGACGCCAAGGAGCCCAAAGCUGUAAUAAAGGUGGACUCCAUCAAUGCAGCCUUCCAGCCGGAGAAGAUAGGCAAUCCCAAUGGGCUGCAAAUCACCUACCUAAAAGACUACAGCACCAGAAACAUCUUCCUUUACCACGAAAGCGGCAAGGAGAUAGUCGACUGGUUUAACUCUAUCAGGGCCGUCCAGCUUAAUCGUCUCAAGGUGGCCUUCCCAGUGGCUAGUGACACAGAGUUGAUGCCUAAAUUGACCCGCAACUUCCUGAAAGAGGGUUAUAUGGAGAAAACAGGACCUAGGGAUGCCUUUGCCAAGGGUGAAGCGUUCCUGGGUCACCGGGACCAGGGCUACAGCGCCCAGCCCGGCCUCCCCGCUGGCACCCACUGCAACGGAGCCUGGCAGCACGGCAUCACCAUAGUAACGCCAGAGCGCAGCUUCCUGUUUACCUGUGAGACGGAGACCGAGCAAAAGGAUUGGCUGAAACACUUCAACGACGUCAUCAACAUCCAGAUGUCGCCUCAGGAGUAUUCCAUGGAGGCUCAGUUCAGACGUAAGUAUUAAUGGGCCUGGGGAUUGACGAACCAUCCUCCCGUCCUCCUCCACUCCCAUCAUCCUCUGUUCCUCCAGUCCUCCUCCCAUUCUUAUCGCCCCAUCCUGGAGUUCACCAAGUUAGGUUUGGAUGUUCUUACUUCAGUCCUGGAGAUGACUAGUCUGGUUAUAGACUCCGCCACCCGGUCAUCAGAGAUUUGUAGAAACACUACGGCGCCUUUGACCAUGUUAUGUUGCUUGCUAGUAACGGGUUUGCACAUACACCUACACUAAGCAUGGUUACAAUGUCUCAGGAUAGCAUGAAAUGUUCUCUGGCAAAGGUUUCAUUUUAUUGUUAUUGAUAGAUCUCAAUAAUGUGGAACCUUUGACUUUGACUAGGUUUCCUUUUUCAUUAAUUGUUGUUGCAAUACUGCCACCUGGUGACUCAAUAUGAUACAUUUCUAAAUACAGACUGUGCCAGGACUACCAAAGGUACUUUAACCUUCUUAUUUUAAAGGGAGAAAAUUAACAACUACAUAUCUGGUUGUUUGUUAUUCGUCCCAUUUUAUGCCUUCAUACUUAUUUUUUCAUAUCCAGGGAUUAUAAAAGAUUAGUUGAAAAUGAUGUUGUUUGUGGUUCUACGAACCAUCAGCCUGUCUAUUUUUAAUAAAUUCAUUUAUUGGAAA